GCCGGGGCUCCAGCACGCAGCCGACAUGGGCAACGCGGGGAGCAUGGACUCGCAGCAGACCGAUUUCAGGGCGCACAACGUGCCAUUGAAGCUGCCGAUGCCCGAGCCAGGUGAACUGGAGGAGCGCUUUGCCAUCGUGCUGAAUGCUAUGAACCUACCUCCCGACAAAGCCAGAUUGCUGCGGCAGUAUGACAAUGAGAAAAAGUGGGAGCUGAUCUGCGAUCAGGAGCGAUUCCAGGUGAAGAACCCUCCCCAUACGUACAUCCAGAAGCUCAAAGGCUACCUGGAUCCAGCUGUAACCAGGAAGAAAUUCAGGAGGCGUGUUCAAGAAUCUACGCAAGUGCUAAGAGAACUGGAAAUCUCAUUAAGAACCAACCACAUUGGAUGGGUCAGAGAGUUUUUGAAUGAAGACAACAAAGGCCUCGAUGUUCUUGUGGAGUAUCUAUCCUUUGCACAGUACGCAGUCACUUUUGACUUUGAAAGUGUGGAAAGUACCGUGGAGAGUACGGUGGACAAAUCAAAGCCCUGGAGUAGGUCCAUCGAGGACCUGCACAGAGGGAACAACCUGCCCUCCCCUGUGGGCAACAGUGUGUCCCGCUCUGGAAGACAUUCUGCACUUCGAUAUAAUACUUUGCCAAGCAGAAGAACCCUGAAGAAUUCAAGAUUAGUGAGUAAGAAAGAUGACGUUCAUGUCUGUAUCAUGUGUUUACGAGCCAUCAUGAAUUAUCAGUAUGGUUUCAACAUGGUCAUGUCUCAUCCCCACGCUGUCAAUGAGAUCGCACUAAGUUUGAACAACAAGAAUCCCAGAACAAAGGCUCUUGUCUUGGAGCUGUUGGCAGCCGUUUGUCUCGUCAGAGGCGGGCACGAAAUAAUUUUAUCAGCUUUUGAUAACUUCAAGGAGGUCUGCGGAGAAAAGCAGCGCUUUGAGAAGUUGAUGGAGCAUUUCAGAAAUGAAGACAAUAACAUAGAUUUUAUGGUGGCUUCUAUGCAGUUUAUUAAUAUUGUAGUUCAUUCGGUAGAAGACAUGAACUUCAGAGUUCACCUCCAGUAUGAAUUUACCAAAUUAGCCCUGGAUGAAUACCUGGAUAAGCUGAAACACACCGAGAGUGACAAGCUGCAAGUACAAAUUCAGGCUUACCUAGACAACGUGUUUGAUGUGGGGGCUCUGCUGGAAGAUGCAGAAACCAAGAACGCAGCCUUGGAGCGGGUGGAAGAACUGGAAGAAAACAUCUCUCACCUAUCUGAAAAGCUGCAGGACACGGAGAAUGAAGCCAUGUCCAAGAUUGUUGAACUGGAAAAGCAACUCAUGCAAAGGAAUAAGGAACUGGAUGUUGUCCGGGAAAUCUACAAAGAUGCAAAUACCCAAGUUCAUACAUUAAGGAAAAUGGUCAAAGAAAAAGAAGAAGCCAUUCAAAGACAGUCUACCCUGGAAAAAAAGAUUCAUGAACUGGAGAAACAAGGGACCAUUAAAAUUCAGAAGAAAGGGGAUGGGGACAUUGCCAUACUGCCAGUUGUGGCCUCUGGCACAUUGCCCAUGGGGUCAGAACUAGCAGCGGGUAACUAUGGAGGACCAGUUACAGGGACCACCUCCUCAGGGGCCUCACUCCCCCCUCCCCCACCACUACCUCCAUCAUCAGACAUGCCCGAAGCAGCGCAAAACGGACCGGCGUCCCCACCUAUGUCACCGCCUCCUCCCCCACCCCCUCCACCCCCUCCUCCACCACCACCCCCUCCACUCCCGGGUCCUGCAACCGAGACUGUGCCAGCUGCACCUCUGCCACCCCCACCCCCACCUCCCUCUGCACCCCCGCUGCCUGGGACUUCUUCACCCACCGUAGUUUUCAACUCAGGAUUAGCAGCUGUGAAAAUUAAGAAGCCGAUCAAGACGAAGUUCCGAAUGCCAGUGUUUAACUGGGUUGCUCUGAAGCCCAAUCAGAUCAAUGGCACAGUCUUCAACGAAAUCGAUGAUGAGCGGAUCCUAGAGGAUUUAAAUGUGGAUGAAUUUGAGGAAAUAUUCAAAACAAAAGCCCAAGGUCCUGCCAUUGAUCUGUCUUCAAGCAAGCAGAAAAUAACACAGAAGGGAUCAAGUAAAGUGACAUUAUUAGAAGCAAACAGAGCCAAAAAUCUUGCCAUCACCCUGAGGAAAGCUGGGAAGACAGCUGAAGAGAUAUGCAAAGCCAUUCACGUGUUUGACUUGAAGACACUCCCGGUUGACUUUGUUGAGUGUUUGAUGAGGUUCUUGCCCACUGAGAAUGAGGUGAAAGUGCUUCGGCUCUAUGAGAGAGAGAGAAAGCCCGUGGAGAACUUGUCCGACGAAGACCGCUUCAUGAUGCAGUUCAGUAAGAUUGAGCGGCUCAUGCAGAAGAUGACCAUCAUGGCCUUCAUUGGGAACUUUGCAGAGAGCAUCCAGAUGCUGACUCCUCAACUUCACGCAAUUAUAGCAGCAUCUGUUUCUAUCAAGUCAUCUCAAAAGCUCAAGAAAAUUCUGGAGAUCAUCUUGGCCCUUGGAAACUAUAUGAAUAGCAGCAAACGAGGAGCGGUUUAUGGAUUCAAACUGCAGAGUUUAGAUCUGCUCUUGGACACAAAAUCAACAGACCGGAAACAAACGCUGUUGCACUACAUAUCAAACGUGGUAAAAGAAAAGUAUCAGCAAGUUACUCUGUUUUAUAACGAGCUUCAUUAUGUGGAAAAGGCUGCUGCAGUCUCCCUGGAAAAUGUCCUGCUGGAUGUCAGGGAGCUGCAGAGAGGAAUGGAUCUGACCAAGAGGGAGUACACCAUGCAUGACCACAACACGCUACUGAAAGAGUUCAUUCUUCACAACGAGGGCAAGCUGAAGAAGCUGCAGGACGAUGCUAAGAUUGCUCAGGAUGCCUUUGAUGAUGUGGUGAAGUAUUUUGGGGAAAACCCCAAGACAACACCACCCUCUGUGUUCUUCCCUGUCUUUGUUCGGUUUGUGAAAGCUUACAAGCAAGCAGAAGAUGAAAAUGAGCUGAGGAAAAAGCAGGAACAAGCUCUCAUGGAGAAACUGUUGGAGCAAGAAGCCUUGAUGGAACAGCAGGACCCAAAGUCUCCUUCCCAUAAAUCAAAGAGGCAGCAGCAAGAGUUAAUUGCGGAAUUAAGAAGGCGACAAGUUAAAGAUAACCGACAUGUAUAUGAGGGAAAAGAUGGCGCCAUUGAAGACAUUAUCACAGCCUUAAAGAAGAAUAAUAUCACUAAAUUUCCAAAUGUUCACUCGAGGGUAAGGAUUUCUUCUAGCACACCGGUGGUGGAGGAUACACAGAGCUGAUCUUAGAAACCAACCAUACAGACGAGCCGAUGCGGUGAGACGAAGUGUGAGGCGGCGCUUUGAUGAUCAGAACCUGCGUUCCAUUAAUGGUGCAGAAAUAACAAUGUGACCCCAAGAAUAGCCUUCAUAGAGGGUGUACAUGAAACUGCUGAUGUGAACUUUAUGUGCUACCAUUUAGCUGCAGCCUUCAAUCCAGCUGAAAUUUCCUUAAGGGCUCAGAUUUAGUAAACACAUAGGAAUUUCCUUUUAACCCCUGUUAACAAGUGCCUAAAAUUGGAAAUAACUUGCUCAGAUUACUCAAAGCAAUAGAAUUUGACUUAAAUCUUUUUACAUCAGCAUGUUACUGUUUUUUAACCAAAAUGUAAAUUUCAUAUUAAAUUCAUUAUUUGCUAUUGUGAUUGUUCCUUAUGACCCACCCUGGUUUCUUGGUAAUUUGUAAAUAACAGGGAUGUGUCUGCUAUGGGCUUCCUUUGCUGAGAAGUCUAAGAAAUUGUGUGCUCGAGCCAUACUCAUCAACUGUAUUUUUAAGGACUUGUAACACGGGAGAAGGAAACUGUCACAGGAUAAUGUCCUAUCAUUUGGCCCAGCAAAGUACAAACCGGAUGCAACUGCAGUGUUACUAGAAGUCUGUCUUGUCUCGUGUUGUUUCUGUGCAAGGGUACCAUGCACAAUGGCAUUCACUUGUAUGACUGCAAGAUGGCAUAAACAUUGUAUAAGACUUAAUUGCAGAAACUGUUCUUGAGCUAGAGGCAGCUUUUAGUAACACAAAUAUAUUUAUUAAGUAGCACUAAAAUUACCAUUAUGGGUCAAUCCUUAAAAUAGAAAUUGGUGCCUUGUUAGUCAGGGAGAAUUUACCACAAGCUCUAAGCAUUCAAGAUUACAUAUGUUAGUGUAAUGUUUGAACCUGGCCUUAUUCUCUUCUGACAAUCGAAGGGUCUUUUCUCUUUUUGUAAACUCAAUACAGCUGUAUUGAGUUUUCAAGGCUGAACUGCUUUGUGUAUUUCUCACAUAUGAGAAUUUCCAAUUAGACUGUAGAAAAUUCACAUUAAGUUUAAAUUAUACUGAUAGGGUUAAGUGGUUAAGUCACUUAUUUUUACUUCCUCACUGGCAAGGCAUUUUGAUCCAUUCCAAAGUCAAAGACUGGACUGAAGCUAAAUUUGUACUAUCCCAUAAUACAUAUUCUGCUUCUGGCUUACCUUGUUGGUACAUCAGUAUAUUAAUUGUAAAAAUUAUUGUAUAGUAUUUAACCACUGAAUUUCUUGUGUUCAUGUGAACCCCUUGGUGAAAGUCCCCUUUUUCAUGGAUGUGUAGUUAUAUCUUUUAAAAUGUACAGAUAUUUUGCUAUAAGAUUGGUGCAGUUUUUUAUGGUUUUUACACUUCUCUUUAAUUCCUACCUAAGCCCCUGGGUAAUAUUGUAAAUAUUGUUUAAAAAUGCUCAUCAGACUAUGCUACACAAUCUGAAUGUUACUUUUAACUUAUAGUUUUUUUUAAAUAUAUAUAUAUAUAUUUAACUACAAGGACAUUUUAAGAGUCAGCUACCACAUUUCACAGUAGUAUGCCUAUUUACAGACCCCUUUAAACUGUCACCACCUGGCACAUUCAUAAAUGUAUAGUUUUAAAAGAACAUGCCAAAAUUGUUGUCUUUUUGUUGAGUCAACAUUCAUUUUGAUGAGUAUUAAUUUGAUCAUAAGAAUAUUGGACAUUUUAUCAAAUAAAUCAGCUGUUUUCCAAAGGUGUGCAUUUGCUUAAAAAUUGAUCAUUUCCCAGUGCAAAAUGGACAGUAAUGUUGGCAUAUUCUUUUGUCUAUUAAUGGUCCUGCUUCUUAGCAAUAUUAGAAAUGUUUUAUGAAAGCAAUUCAUGUUACUUUUCUGGUCUUUUCAUGCCAUUUGAGCAAAUAAACUAUUUACACUACUA